AUGAUUCUGGUUGUUGAUGGUGAUAAUCGCUACCUAGUAGGUGGGUAUGCCCCACCGUACCCACACCGCCCGGGCCGAAGCUACGGGCGACGGAACCCGUGUGGGCCGACGCAUCUUUUCUAGUGUGUUUUGUCGAUCCAUCCUCAUCCUCCACCCCGACACACUGUGAUCGACCUCUCUCCAUGGAGAGAGUAAUCCACCAUACUGUACUCCAUACUCAUUCGUCUCGUCAUUCAUUUGCCUCCCUUCAUUCCCCAGGACAGAUGACUUGCAGGAUUUUGCUGAGUCAGAUCGACAAAACUCUCCGGAAGAAUAUCUGAUCCGGAAUCCGACCGCUGGGACAAAGAAACCAAGCCCAGGGGCCAAUAAUUCUCCUGGUCGAGCUUUGCUCAAACUGUUCAAAGAUUUCUUCAUCUCCAGCACACUCCGGUGGACAUCACACUGUCGGCAAACGUCGCAUUUCUAUAAUUGACGGUGUAAAUUCCAAUUUUUCGAGUGUGUCUUUGAUUCAGCUGGAGCCCUAAGCCGACAGUGGCCUGAGAGUUUAAAAAAAAAAAAAAACUAUCAAGCCAAGCAUGGGACAAGCCGAGUUUAGCGCCCGAACGGGGACCACACCCGCAGUUCGACCAGAAUCAGUUUCAGAGCCCACAUCAGAAAAGCAAGGCAAGCCAGAGACAGAGACAACGACCGAGGCAGUGACAGACCCCGGGACAAAGACAGGCGGGACAGAAGUUCCGGCUGAGAGAAGCGGCGAUGACGAUGUCGAGCGGUCCUCCAAAAAAUCGUUGGCCUUUAAACUGGCCUUCAUCGGUCUCGCUGCGAGCAUGUUUGUGUUCCAAUUGGAUGCAACAGCCCUCGGGAUUGCCCUUCCAACCAUAGCUGCGGAUCUUAAGGGCGAGAGUUUAGAGUCCUUCUGGGCGAACUUGUCCUAUACCCUCUGUGGCCUGGUCAUGCAACCGGUGUGGGCCAGUAUCUCUACCGCGUUCGGUCGGAAACCGCCUCUGUAUGUAUCCAUGGCGUUGUUCUUCAUCGGCUCCAUCGUCUUUGCCGUGGCCCAAAAUAUGAAAACAAUUAUCGUGGGCCGGGUACUGCAAGGGUUCGGCGGUGGGGGAAUUGACGUGCUGGCGGAGGUGAUUCUCGCGGAUAUGACGACCCUGGAGGAACGCUCGAAAUACCUUGGCUUGAUGGCUAUUCCCAUGGCGAUUGGCAACAUCAUGGGGCCCUCGGUGGGUGCCCUGUUCGCGAAUUAUGCGAGCUGGAGAUGGAUUGGAUGGGUCAACUUGCCGUUGCUCGGGAUCGGUACACCGUUGGUGUUCUUCUUCCUCAAGCUCCGACCGGUCCCUCUCGAUGCAUCGCUGGCCAAGAAUCUGAACCGUCUGGAUUGGAUUGGCAUGGCGCUGGUCGUCGUCGGGAUCACGAUCUUCGUGUUACCGCUCAGUUGGGCGGGCUCUCUAUUUCCAUGGGCUUCCUGGCAAACUCUGGUCCCAAUGUUCCUCGGCGUUGCGGUGCUGGUCAUCUUUGCUUUCUACGAAGCGAAACCCGAAGCCCCUAUUGUUCCCCAUCGACUCUUCCACUCGAAGACGGGAAAUAUGACAUUAGCUGGAGGCUUCCUCCAUGGCGCGGUUCUGGUUUCGCUGUUGCAGUACUUACCCUUGCUGUACCAAGCCGUCCAACUCGAAACGGCCAUCUUAUCCGCUGUCUCCCUGCUACCCACCGUCAUUAUCAGUGUGGUAGUGGCAGCGGCCUCCAUGAUGAUGGUUCCGUUGUUCGGUGGCUAUGUAUGGGUGCUACGGCUAGCAUGGAUCAUCCUCACGCUGGGAACCGGCUUGCUGGCCCUGUUCAACGUAGGAUCGUCGUCCUCCAUGCGUCUCGGACUGCCCAUCCUCUGGGGAGCGGGCGUUGCCUUGCUGCGUCUCAAUCUGCUGCCUAUGCAAGCGAGCGUCAAAAACGUCGACGACACCGGCCUGGCGAUCGGACAAUUUCUCACAAUCCGCAUGUUUGGAGGUCUCGUCGGCCUCACGAUCUCUUCCACCAUUUUCAACACGGUCUUCUCAACCUCUAUGUCCGCCACGACAGUGCCCCUGACCGGUUCGCUGGCCCCUCUCCAGGACGCUGCCAAUGCGGUCGCCUUCAUUGAUAAGCUAAGGUCACUAGAUGUUCCAGGUGGAACGCUUGACCAGGUUCUGAGGGUUUAUCUGAAGUGCUUCCAGACGAUCUUUUACACAAUGACGGGACUUAGUGGACUGGGAUUGGUGACUUCGCUGUUCGUGGAUGAGAUUGAUCUCAAGUCGCAGGACCUCGGAAAUCAGCGCUUCGAGGAAUAGUCGGAAAAUGGGUGCACAGAGCGUCUACAAAACUGUUCAAUAGAGU